CUGCAGAGAGAGGAAGAGGAAGAGGAAGAGGAAGAGGAGGCGCGUACGGAGUACUUUGUUCCAAGUUCCAAGUUACCACCACAUACUACCCAGUUUAGUAGUCUAUCUACUGAGCCUGGCGUACUCCGUACUCCGUAUUCCGUACUCCUUCCACUCGUAUUUUCUCGAUGGUCUGUAUCUGUCUACAUAUCCUUACCUAGGUAAUACAUACAUACUGUACAUUCAUACAUACGUACCUCCCCCAUGCAUGCAGAAAUUCCCACCGAUCUUUCUACUAGUACUUACCAAGACAAUUCGUCUCACUAAAAGCUGAAGAAAAGAUAUGAUAUGACUGGACAUUCUAUUUCACUUUUCCUUUGCUUUUUUUCUCUUCGUUCGUGUUCUUCUUAAUUUAUUCUCUUGCCUUCCUCCAAAGAGCACUGAUCACACCAUUGGCUCCACUCCGCUACUCCCGACGGCCAUACCGGUCAUCUUUAUAAUGAGCUCCUGCAUGUUCGGAGGCAGCUGCCAACCUUGUGCGUAUUCACUUGGUCGUCUGCUCGGGCCUUUCCUGAUCUACGUUCUGGCUUUCCUCCAAGUCGCAUGCCAGAAUUCAGCCCGUACGCCAGCUGAACGGCUUAUGGUCAGUACCACGGUAAUAAACUUCGCGAUGGUGGCUUAUUCGAUCGAGCACAACGCUUCUGAGGGACGGAGGGCCUUAUUCAUGCCGCUACGCGGGAAGAUAAUAAAUAUUAAGAGGGUGCUGAGUCAAAUGGCGGUGGCCGCCUGUUCAUGGGAGCAUGUCAUCGAUCUCCCCCCGGAACUUUAUCCACGUACGAGGUACUGUACAGUGGUACUAAUCGGUUGGUCGCCUCACAGGACACGAUCUCCACAUAGCUGUGCUCGAGGAAGCUGGGUUACAUUUCGGUCAGACCUGCGUUAUCCUCGGCCUUCCCUCGGAAACUGGUCGAUGGGCUUCUCCCCUCAAGGCUGGCGCCCUGGCACGCCUGCGCGCAUUGAUAGCGCGUUGACAGCGCCUUUACGAGAUAUAUGAGUUGGAGGGGUCGGGUUGAGGGAGUUUCCUGAACAAGGGCUUGGUGGGGGAGGGAGAGAGGAAAAGAAGAAAAGAAGGUCUUGACGGGGUAGUACGACGUAUAGUGUUUGGGCUUAUUCAAUGAACAAUUCCAUAGUACGUAGUCUACGGAGUAGUUAUGGAAUAAACAGCCCGACUCCACAACCUUGUUCUGGUCGGACCCCAAUCAGAGAACAGCCCUCAAUCCUUCAAUCUACUGUAUGAUGUCUUUCCACACCGUCAAGAAAGUAGCUGGACUCAUACUGACCACUAUUUACCCACCGUGCUGUACCUACGAAUAACGUUAGGUUAUACAUAUCUACGCGAUACAUAUCUACGCGGGGGCUU